CGCAGCGGGCGCUGCCCAUGGGCCGGGCCCGGGGUUCGGGCGCGCCGGGAGCGGGUCUGAACACGAGGCCACUGCUGAGGCCUCUGGAGUCAGCAGUUUAGGGCCUGCCCUCCCCUCCCCAGAAGCAGGUCACACUUCUUCCAGAUCCUCCGAAACAGAAAGUCCCAGGCUCCUACAGCUGUGGAGUCUCAGACCCUAAGCUUCUGAGAACGAUUUUCCUCCCUGUUCUCCCCUGGCUCCUCCCUUUCUGAAGAUGGGAAGCCUGAGGGGUUCCCACUCCUGGGCUGGGGGAAGGCCACAGGGUGCCUGCACGGGGGAGCCCGGCCACGUCUCAGUGUGGUCCCUGAGUCCUGCAACUCUGGCUGCAUUUUCUGACCUGGGCCGUCCGCAUACUUUCCGGGAUUCAGGGACCCCAGUUUGGAGCAGCAGUGCCAACAGCCCCUCCUCUCCACUCUCCAGGCAGGGAGAGGCCCCCAGGCAAGGCAGGCAUGCCACAGACGCUGAGUGCCUCCGACAUGGUCACCCCAGGCAGCCUCAACCCACCCCCCACCGAGCCCACAGAUGUCGAACAGGCUGGGCAGCCCCUCCUGGAUGGAGCUCCAUCCUCAGCCUCCCUGGAAACACUGAUCCAGCAUCUGGUGCCCACAGCCGACUACUACCCCGAGAAAGCCUACAUCUUCACCUUCCUGCUAAGUUCUCGUCUCUUCAUCGAGCCCCGGGAGCUCCUGGCCCGAGUCUGCCACCUGUGCAUCGAACAGCAGCAGCUGGACAAGCCGGUGCUGGACAAGGCCCGGGUCCGGAAGUUCGGCCCCAAACUUCUGCAGCUGUUGGCAGAGUGGACUGAGACCUUCCCAAGGGAUUUCCAGGAGGAAUCGACCAUCGGGCACCUGAAGGACGUGGUGGGCCGCAUCGCCCCCUGUGACGAGGCAUACCGGAAGAGCAUGCAUCAGCUCCUACAGGCUCUGCACCAGAAGCUGGCGGCUCUACACCAGGGGCCAGAAGGUCUGGUGGGUGCCGACAAGCCCAUUUCCUACAGGACCAAACCGCCAGCGUCCAUCCACAGGGAGCUCCUUGGUGUCUGCAGUGACCCCUACACACUGGCCCAGCAGCUGACCCAUGUGGAACUGGAGAGGCUGCGGCACAUCGGGCCUGAGGAGUUUGUCCAGGCCUUUGUGAACAAGGACCCUCUGGCCAGCACAAAGCCCUGCUUCAGUGACAAGACCAGCAACCUAGAGGCUUACGUGAAAUGGUUCAACAGACUGUGCUACUUGGUGGCAACUGAGAUCUGCAUGCCAGCCAAGAAGAAGCAGAGGGCACAGGUGAUUGAGUUCUUCAUCGACGUGGCCCGCGAGUGCUUCAAUAUCGGCAACUUCAACUCCCUCAUGGCCAUCAUUUCCGGCAUGAACAUGAGCCCUGUCUCCAGGCUGAAAAAGACCUGGGCGAAAGUGAAGACAGCCAAGUUUUUCAUCCUCGAGCACCAGAUGGACCCAACAGGGAAUUUCUGCAACUACAGGACAGCCCUGCGAGGGGCAGCCCACCGCUCCCUGACUGCCCACAGCAGCAGGGAGAAGAUUGUCAUUCCCUUCUUCAGCCUGCUCAUCAAAGACAUCUACUUCCUGAAUGAGGGCUGCGCCAACCGCCUUCCCAAUGGACAUGUCAACUUUGAGAAAUUCCUGGAGCUGGCCAAGCAGGUGGGGGAGUUCAUCACCUGGAAGCAAGUGGAGUGUCCCUUCGAGCAAGACCCCAGCAUCACCCACUACUUGUACACCGCCCCCAUCUUCAGUGAGGAUGGUCUUUAUUUGGCUUCUUAUGAAAGUGAAAGCCCAGAGAACCAAACAGAAAAAGAGAGAUGGAAAUCUCUAAGAUCUUCUAUUUUGGGGAAGACAUGAAAAGUGCUGACCUGAGGGAAGAGGAAGAGAUGGAGCCUGCUGAAGCCAUCUACAGUCCUGCCUCAGAUGGCCCAGCGGGCAGAGGCAGGGGAGCGCCUCACUACUUUGCAAACGCCAACCCUGUGGCCUGCCACCCCCCACAGUGGCCAUAUGAGCCCAGGAGACCUUUCGUGGGACUUCAGCCCUGGCAGGGCCCAGGGCCUCCAGACGUGUGGGUGGCACAUGCCUUGGGGACAUCCUGCCUUCAGGACCGUGGGGUCGUGUGACUGGUCAGUCUGUCCAUCCUUGGCAAGGACACGGCAUUGCCUCAGAGGGUCGGGCCACUGCAAGCUCCAGACCUUGCUCAGUGACGUACCACUUUGGCCAAUACCCACAGUCUGUUAUCAGGUGGCUUGGGAACUUCUGCAACCACAGCAGGCAUCACGGUGCCAUGUGAGAUGCCUGCACCAGCUCCGAGCCCACCGGCAGCCACUGCCAUUUUGCCCAUGGGCUCUUGCCCUGCUCUGCCUAUGAGCUUGUCUCUGCAGCCCCAGGUACCCCCUUUCUGGAUGCUGCUGGCCCCAGGGGAUAGCUUUCUGGUGACAGCUGUGGAACGGGUCGGCAGGACACUGGACACACGGAGUUACAGUGUGUACACGGCAGUCCUGCUAUAAGCUUUAGUUGCUAUAAAGCCCAGCCCCCUGUAAACUUUAGUCGCUAUAAACACACCCGUACACCCUGCUUA